AUGGCCCGGACCAAGCAUCAAUCGCGGCGCUGUUGCUGCUUGUGUCUCGCUUUGCUGUGCGUAAUUGCGGUAGUCAUAUUGUGCGUUGUCUUAUUUUCCAAGCUCCGAUGUUCAGACGGGGACUUCAAACAUGCGGCGGUCGCCGCAGACUCACAGAUGUGCUCGGAAGUCGGCAGAGACAUGUUGCAGCGCGGUGGGUCAGCAGUAGAUGGCGCCAUUGCAGCACUGCUGUGCACCACUCUGGUGCACCCCCAGAGUAUGGGGCUGGGAGGGGGCGCUAUAUUUACCAUCCUGGAUAAGAACGGCAAAGUGAAAGUCAUCAACUCCAGAGAGACCGUCCCGAAGGGUUUCACACCUGACCUGCUGAGGUCCUGUCCGAAAGACUUCACAUCAAUCACAGGCAGCAAGUGGAUCGGCAUCCCCGGGGAGAUCCGGGGAUACGAGCAAGCUCACCGCCUCUACGGCAAACUGCCGUGGGCGGAGCUGUUCCAGCCGGCCAUCAAGCUGGCGCGGGACGGCUUCCCCCUGCCCCCGGUCCUGGCGCGGUACCUCCACAAUCCACUGAUAAAGAAGCGCGUGGAGGCCUCCCCUCUGUGCGAGAUAUUCUGCAACAAGAAUAAGACGGUUCUGCAAAUGGGCGAGACACUGAGGUACCCACGGCUGGCAGAAACCAUGGCAACCAUCGCCAAGCAUGGUGCUGAUGCUUUCUACACAGGCAAGAUUUCUCAAGACCUGGUCAAAGAUGUGCAAGACGCAGGAGGGACAUUAUCGUUGGAGGAUCUGGAAUCUUACCAGGCCAGGGUGACCGAACCCUGGACAGUUCCUCUGGGAGAAUACAAACUGUACAUCCCUCCCCCCCCAGCCGGGGGCGCCAUUCUUGGCCUCGUCCUCAACAUUAUGAAAGGAUUCAAUCUCUCACCCUCCUCAGUGGAAGGCGAGCAGCAGGUUCUGACUUUUCACAGGUUUGCCGAAGCCUCCAAGUUUGCAAGAGGGCAGAAGAAGAGUGUCAGGGAUCCCAACUUUAGCUCAGGAAAGGAGGCCCCCAGGCUGAUCGAGGAUGACUUUGCCGAUCGCAUCAGGUCGAUGAUCCGCAGCAACGCGUCCCGCGACCCUGCGUAUUACAACUUCACGCUCUCCGUUGACCGGCAAGGCACCACGCACUUGUCCGUCCUGGCUGAGGACGGCACCGCCGUCUCCGUCACCAGCUCCAUCAAUCGCAUCUUUGGCUCUGCCAUCUACUCUCCCAAAACUGGUGUAAUCUUCAACGACCAGCUGUUGGACUUCUGUGGGAUUGCGGAUCGCAUGACCGCCGGAGAGCAGCCUCCCUCCUCCAUGGCCCCAUCGCUCCUCCUGUCCCAGUCCAGGGGGAAAACCCUGGUGAUCGGGGCAUCUGGAGGCAGUCUGAUCACUUCCGCGAUGGCCCUGACCAUCAUGAACCACGUGUGGUUUGGGAAGAGCCUGCAUGAUGCCGUCAGCGCCCCUCUGCUCUAUGUGGACGCCAACAACGAUCUGAACUUUGAGUCCGGCUUCAACGAGAGGUUGCGUGAGCAGCUGCUGGAACGUGGGCACGUGAAGGGGGCGUGGCCGUACUUCUUCAACGUGGUGAACGCCGUGACGAAGGAGGGCGGCUGCAUCAGCGCCAUGUCGGACCUCAGGAAGCUGGGAAAGGCAGCGGGCUACUGAGGACUCGCCGUGGCAACCGCGCUGGCUGCCAGCCCGAUGCCCGAUUUACCGGGCGCUGUAGAGGAAGAAUGCUAUUGGUUGGGAAUUUAUCACAAGGUGCGUUCGACACGUCGCCUGUUUUGUACAUCUGGACUUGGCCCAUUCAAACCCUGAGGCUGAACAUUUAUGGGCAAACCUGACCACGUGAUCAUGAUUAUGACUUUACCGCGCACUGCGGACUACAGCUGCCCAGCCUGACCAAUCACAGCAGAACGGAUGUAGAAAACCAACAGUGUCCAAUCAACGGUAAACUGCAGCAGAAUGCAUUUUGAAUUAUGUCCAUUUAUCUGAUUACUCGCAAGAUCUCUGCAGCUAUUAUGAGAUGUAGCUUACUGUUUUUAAAUGGUUGUUUUUUUUAUUGCUGAAAUGUAGCUAGCUAAAGAGGUCCAUUUCCAAGCUGAAAUAACUUCUUUUUUUUUUGCGCUCAUGUGACUGAAUUUUUUAACAUGUACAGGCUAUGCUAUCUGUACAUUGCUAAGAGUCUGCAGGUGGAAUUGGGCCCCACCACCCCAAUGAACAAAUCAAGAAAUGAUCAAACAAAAUUUCUGCGGUUUGGGGGGCAUCUUCUGCAGCAAGGUGCAGUAAGAGCAUGACACCAAAAAUGACUGCUGUGACUCAAAGAUCGGGACCCCCCCCCAAAUUCCAAACACCUCCCCCUGUUGUCUCACUCAUCAGACACAAGACUUGCACCUGUUUCACAAUCGCACGCCCGGUUCCAAAAAUCACUGAAGUGAAAAUAAAUUUUGGUUUAAGCUACCUUAUAGCCAGUUACUCUGGGUAAGGAUAUACACUAAAUGAAUGUAUUUUGAUGUGGUGUAUUGUCAGUGAAGUGACCCGGCUGGAUUAUCGGUGAUGUAGACUGUGAAAUUUCUGUAUUGUCACACCAAAACAUCGGGUCGAUUGUAGCAUCGCAGUCAGUUCUUAGCACGCAGCUGAGCAUGCUAAAACGAGAUUUGGGAAGUUAUUGACUGCAGCGUGUUCCGUAUCGACUGAUCCCAAGUCCCUUACUAGUCCCAAUGUUCAGUGUUUGUUUUCCCUGCCAUUGUGCUGAUGAUCCUGAGCGGAAUUCUGAGAAAUUUAAAGGUUCUGUUGUAGGCAUGGUAAAAUCAGAGAGUGAGAAAGCUUUAGUAUUUGGUGUGGGCUAAUUUUUAAAAUUCCUAAACCAUCCAUGAUCGCAGUGAUUACAACACAGAGCCUAUGUGAAAAAGAAAAUGCAUUAAAACCUCUAUCAAAUACA